AUGGACUUGCUCAAGAUCUUGGAUGGCACUCCCGAGCCGCCUAUUGUUGAGCUCGAGCUCGGAAACGUCAACACCACUGGCGACUACCACCUCGCUACGCCGAUGUAUGAGUUCCAGAAGGAGCUCACCGACCAAAUCGUGUCGCUCCACUAUCCAGACAUCCUCAAGUACUGCGAGACCAACGACCUGAAGGAAUUGAUCGUGAAGUCGUUGGAAAUCUGUAUCAAUAAUUGCAUGUUGGUCAGCACCCACCCCUACCUCCUCAUCAAGCACUACAUGCCCAAAAACUUGUUGCUGAAAGAUAUGUCAAGCAAGUUGGCCGACACCAGCGGCAAGUUCAACGUACUCAAGGACUUGAUGAACGUAAUUAUUCUGAGUGGAUCCAACCGUUCGCGUUCCAAAACCAUUGGCGUGGUCAUGAAGAACGACCCGCGUUUCUUUGACCUCGUGGAGGCCCUCCUCCUCGGGUGCAACGGUAAGAAGACGAUCAAAAGAUACGUGGGUCAGAACGUACAACGAGAAUCGAAAAAGUCAGGGAAAACUGACGUGAAUAACAAGGACUCCAAAAAGGAAACGAAACGAAAAACCACCGAUGCAUUAACAACAAUCCAUUUAUUACCCUGUGAUGGUGAGAUACAGAAAGAUCAAGACGUUUUGGACUCAGUGAGAUUUGAUGCCCUUAUAAUCUUCGAUGGGUACGUCGACACCACUCAUGACUUUGUUAACAAGAUAAGGUCACAGAACAGACUAGAUCCUGCAAUUUUCAUCAGAUUGGUCCCUAUGAAAACAAUCGAACACUGCAAGGUGUACUACUCGGACACUAAGGAUCAGAGUGAUUACUUAUACAAGCUAAUCUCCUCCAUUGUUUGCCUAAGAGAAUUCAUUGGAAAUCUUCCCCCGGACAUUUUCCCGAUCUACAACCAGAAAUUGACAUAUUUGGCUUCCAAAUUUUUUAAUCAAGUUUGGGAGACUUCCCCAGUAAUCAAGAAGUCAAAAUUUAUUCCUUGGCCUUUGCCUGACCUCCCCAACAUCCCUAAAUUCAGUGCUAGUGAUGUUGAAAGAUCAUUGCUAACUGAAGUGCACUUCCAUUACACUCCAUAUGAUUCGGCAGAUUUGCCCAAUGUUGAAAGUGAAAAGCCAGCGGAGAAGAAAAGAACAUAUUACGAAAUGAAACGUUUGGAACUGGAUUAUAUCACAAAUCCAUUGAAGAAUGAUUACAGUGAUUUAAUUGGAAUCCACUCCAAAUACCCGCAUCCAGACACCUUGACAACAAACUCAAGUGUCUUGACACAUAGAUUGAUAAUGACACUCAAUAGUUUGUUCAUAGAUCUGGAACUUUACGAGCAAGAAUAUUUAAGUUAUUUAAAGAUUGAUCAAAGGCCAGAUAGGAUUGCAAGAGAAACAGAUUUGACGAAGACAAAGGGAAUCUUGGAUGAUAUAGAUCAUGCUGAGUCCAGAAUCACUAUUUCCAACAAAUGGUAUGAAAAGAAAACUAAGGAGAUCGAAGUGGUUCAAGAAGAAAUAAAAAAAUUGGAUAAGCAAGUUGAAAACUAUGUUUCUGACAAUGAGAUAAUUGAUGAAGAAAAGAUCAAAGAGGUUAAAAACCAACUUGAAAUAUGGCAGUUACAAUCACAAAUCAAAGGCUACCUUGCUCGUAUUAAAUCAAAAAAUGAAGAGAAACUAUACACUAAUAGGGAGUAUGAAAAUAGUUUAUCGUCCAUCAAAGAAUCAGAAGAACAAACAGCAAUCAUUCAAGAGAAGAUAAAAGAAACUAGACAAAAGCUUGAUCUUGUGGAAGACUUAGAAGUCAAGGAGAAUCAAAAGUUCAAGCUCGAAAGAGAGAAUCUAAUUCAAGUGAUCGCCAGUGAGAAAGAAAAGUAUGAGGCUUUAAAGCUCAAAGUAAGCAGCAGCUUAAAGUUCUUGAGAGACACAUCACAUCUUAAGAAAAGAAAAGGCAGGGCAUUUACUCCUUCCAAGUAA